AUGAGCCUUCCUGUUGCCGAGCCUCUUCAUCGGAUGCCUGUCUGCUACGACCACGUGGAAGAGAAAGAGUGGGUGGAACACGCGUCCACCGCCAUGGACGACGAUCCCUUUCUUCUUGACCUGAGCAGGGACCUAACUGACGAAGAGCUCGCCGAGAUUUACGAAUCUCUUGCCCAUGGGUGGUUUCCCAUGAGCCGCAUUAACUGUUUCAGAACGGAAAUACAUGCUGAACCUGACCGGACUUUCGGGGAAGAUAUGGGUGGGCACUUCAAUGGCAUGGUGGGCCAGCUCCAACGAGAGGAGUCUGACAUAACAACUAUUGUGGCACGAACCCCAGCCCGCAUCAAGGUUGUGGAUUACCUCAGAACGUACCCAUCGGAUGUACUGGUGAUAACUUCAUUGCAGCCCACGGUCCUCCCUGCACACCUGUCAAUCAUCAGACCGUUUUCAGGUGAGGUGUGGGCUGGAAUACUGAUUGGCAUAGUUGUGUGGGCCGCGACAUUCUGGUUACUGCAGUUCUUAUGGGGGCUUGCUCAAGAAGACCGGAACAUUUCCCUUAGUUCCAUUUGCUUGUACGGCUGGGGUGCGCUGGUGGAACAACCGCCUUUAGAUCCUUCAGCCGAUGCUUCUGGACAGAUGUUGGUUGGCUGGUGGCUGGUUUUCUGCCUUAUUAUCAGCACUGGAUUUCGGUCUUCCCUCGUAGCCCACUUAACAGUACAGUCCAAGACUCCUACUAUUGACACAUUCAAGGACCUGGUGGAACUGAACGCUUGGAAAUGGAGUACGGAGGAGUGGCUUUAUAAAUCAGCUGUAUAUGACUAUUUUUCAAAGCAUACUGAUCCAGUGGUAAACAAGAUCUACAAAGGCAUGGAGGUAACUGAAGUCCACGACGCACUUACAAAGGUUUUAUUGGGACAAUAUUCACUGAUUGAUUUCAAAAACUACAUUAGGGUUGUGGUGGCUUCCGAAUACACUGAUGCCAAGGGAAAAACUCCUUUCUACAUCGGCAAUGAAGGAGUUUCAGUUUUAGGAGAAGGAGGAUUCGCAAUCAGCACACAGAGACGGGUCUCUAACACGGAAGCAGUAGUCAUUCCAAAUAAAAUCAGCAUAAUACCUCCUCACGCCCCGCAUCAGCAGAGGCAAAACGCCAGAGGCACCUCUACUCUGGGGGAUCCUGAGGAGGGAUUGAGGCAAUAG